UUAUAUGUUUCUUAUCUUUUUUUCCUACGGCUGAUUCGCGUGACUCCAGCAGCCAAUCCGGUUGCUGUGCUGGCUAAACAAGUUCCCCUGGCAUUGAGUCCUAUAAAUACAGAAUGUGCCCUCUACGAUCCGCUUGGGCGACUUGUACCUCGCGAGCUUGACGAACAAGUCGAGGAGGAGUUUAAUCGCCUUCUGGGUACUGCUGCCCACCUUUGUCACGCACGAGGCCUUCAUUUUCAUCCCGCUACCGAAAAGCCGCUGUCUUUAGGGGAGGUUCUCGAACUUCUGAUAAAAUAUCAAGAACGUCACAACAUUCAGUUGAAAGUCACGCAUCGCGAGCUACUUCAGAAAUUAUUAGAUAGAAAAAGUCAGUUGCUCGACGAAGUAAGUCACUCUUUUCCUAUUCUCUGUAGUCUCUGCAAAUUGCACAACAGUGUAUAA